AAGGACUAGCUUUUGUAUUUCCAUGUCCAUCCCAAGUGAAAAUAUCCCACUCGAUAGUAUUAUCUAUACAAACCGAAUACCAGGUGAACUUUGUUUAUAUGACGAACAUAAACACUUGGCUGCUUUUGUUGCUUAUCCAGGAAGUAAAGCCUUGGUCAUAUUCAUAGCAGGUCUUACCGAUGGCUUAUUUUCUCCUCGCUAUUGGGGUCCCAUGGCAAAAGCUCUCCACUCUCAAGGUUUUACUUGUGUACAACCCAUCUUGAGUUCUUCCUAUCACGGUUUUGGUACGAGUUCACUCGAUCAAGACGUGAUGGAAUUGGAUACUUUGAUAGACUUCUUAUCACAACACUAUGAACCCAGCUGUAUCUUUUUAAUAGGUCAUUCCACAGGUUGUCAAGAUGCAGUGACAUUCUUUCGCAAAGGUAGAAAUGCUACUCUCAUUCGAGGAAUAGUAUUACAAGCUCCUGUCAGCGAUAGAGACUUUCUUCAGUCAUUACCUGAUGCUCAAGAAAGGCUAGAAAAAGCAAGAACCAUUUAUGCAACACAAGGACCAGAAACAUUAUUGAAUGGAAAAUUAUUUACGACUGUAUUUCCAGUAUUAACUGCUCGACGGUUUUUAUCUUUGGCUGAACGUUUAGGUGAUGAUGAUAUGUUCUCUUAUGACUUGACCGAUGAUGAACUGGAUUCUCGUCUACGUCAUAUGAGAAAUGUGCCUACUUUGGCCCUUUUUUGUGAAAAGGAUGAAGCAAUUCCUAAUCAUAUUUCUUAUCCAGAACUAGCCAAAAGAUUAUGUAACGUAAUGGGAGCAACCAGUUAUAUGUUAUCCAAUGCCAAUCAUGCUAUCAACAACAGCGAACAGUGUAUUCGAGAUUUUAUUGAACAAGUCGUACAUUUUAUCCACAAGGUUUAUUCUUCUACGAGUGAAUAAUAGGAAUGGACGUGAUUGGCCCUAGAAAUAUGUGUUUGUGUGCAUUUGUUUGUUUGUUUUGUGAAAAAGAUAAAAGAGAGACAAAAAUAUAUAUUUUUGUGAUUUC